AAUGAGAGUGUCUCUUGACCUCUAAAAGAGCCUAUUUGCAACAUCACAAAGGAAGGGUGUCGACAUGGGAUUCCAGGAAGAGAUGUUGAUAGAGAGGGUAUGUGAGCUCUAUGACCACAUCUCAAGGUUGGAGAGCCUCAAACCCUCCAAAGAUGUCAACAUGCUAUUCACCCAACUAGUCCUCACAUGCAUGCCACCAUGCCCUAUUGAUGUGGCCCAGCUUAGUAAGGGUGUUCAAGACAUCCGAUCAAAGCUCAUUAGACUUUGUGGGGAAGCUGAGGGCCUCUUAGAGAGCCAUUUCUCUUCCAUCUUAGGCUCUUUUGCCAACCCUCUUGACCAUGUUGAUAUCUUCCCAUACUACUCUAAUUAUCUCAAGCUGAGCCACUUAGAGUACACCAUACUCAUCAAACAUUGCACCCAUGAGCCCAACCGGGUCGCCUUCGUAGGUUCUGGUCCCCUACCGCUUACUUCCAUCGUUCUCGCUUCAUAUCAUUUGCAGUCCACCACAUUCCACAAUUACGACAUCGACCCAUCAGCCAACUCCAAGGCCCUCCACCUCGUGUCCACCAACCCCGACCUAUCGAAGCGGAUGUUCUUCCACACCACUAACAUCAUGGAUGUCACACAUAACUUGAGGGGAUGUGAAGUAGUCUUUUUAGCUGCUCUCGUCGGCAUGGACAUGGAGGAGAAGGUCCAAGUUGUGGACCACUUGGCUAAGUACAUGGCGCCUGGUGCACUCCUGAUGCUGAGGAGCGCGCAUGGCGCGCGUGCGUUCCUCUAUCCGGUGAUCAAGCCAUGUGAUCUCCAUGGAUUCGAGGUUCUUUCGGAGUUUCAUCCGACGGAUGAAGUUAUAAAUUCAGUCAUCGUGGCCCGAAAAUGCCCGGUACCGAUUCAUGUUCAUUCCAUGGACCAGGGGCUCAGCCCUCUCAUUCUCCCUAGCAAGUGUUCUGAGAUUCAAGCCUUCAAUCCUCUCAACCUUGGUCCCAUGAUUGAAGAGCUGGCUCUUGAGGAGCAACUUUCUUGAUUUAUCUAGCAUUACCAUCCAUCCAUUCCUAUGGAAAUGGAUGUUUUGAUUGUUUUUCUAAAAGAUUUUAUGCAUCUCUAACCUUGUGUACUUGCACCAUGUUUCCUUCUAUGUAUGCAUCUUGAUUUCCUAGAAAUAAAAACACCCAACUAGCCUUUUGUGUUAGAAAUA